ACUCGACAGUGAUAAAGUGUAACAACGAUUUUCGCGGGCGAAUUUACACGUUUUGUGGUAAUGAUUUAAUUAAUCAUUAUGACUGAAAAAAAACUUAUAUUGUCAUAAUCUUCCAAUAUAUUAAAUUAUUCAGCGUCGAUACGUUCCAAUAUACUUAAAUAGGUCAGCUGGGGUCAUAUUUAAGCUAUCAAGUUAUUGAUUUUUCUGCAGCUCUUGUUUAUUUUCGUCUUUGUAACACGUACCUUGAAACUAAUUUAUGAUUUAAAAGGAGAUAGAUCUCAGCCAAAGAUUCUAGUUUAGUGCCGAAUAAGAGAUAGUGCAGUAUUUAGUGUGAUUUGCAAUAAUGGCUAAGCAAAUAGCAGAUGUUCAAAUUCACGCGUCGGAAAAUGAAGAUUUACUUGAAGACAAUUUAGAUGUGAGCGUGGAUCUUAUCGACGACGGAUUGUAUUUGGGUAACCUGGCUUGUGCUCGGGAUGAAGAAACAAUAAAGAAGCUUGGAAUCACACAUAUACUGACUGUAGAUGUCGUACCGCUUCCCAGAACCAUAUUGGAACGCCUAAAAGUAAACUUUAAAUAUGUUAAAAUGGCCGAUGUGCCAAAAGAAGAUUUAAUAAGUCAUCUUCCUGAGACCAAUGUGUAUAUAAAGGAAGCUAUUAAAAAUGGAGGGACUGUACUUGUACACUGUUACUUCGGUGUAUCCCGCUCAGCAGCAAUUGUGAUUGCCUACAUAAUGGACAAAUACUGCCUCUGCUACGAGGAUGCAUACAACAUAGUGAAAUGUAAGAGGCGUUGCAUCGGACCCAAUAUAGGGUUCAUGGCUCAGCUGAAAUUAUUUGGUCACAUGGGCUAUGAGAUCAACAGGGAUGACCCAAGAUACAAGCAGUUUAGAUUAAAGAUGGCAGGCCAGAAACUUCAUCAAGUUAAAAUCCUGCCCCAGCUGUUUGCUGACCUGAUAAAGCCGGACCCCGGACUGACGCGCGAACGUCCCGACCCGAUCGUGUACCGCUGCCGGAAGUGUCGCCGCAUCGUUGCAAGCCAGAGCAACAUCUUACCGCACAUACCCAGACAUGUCAAAGUGGAGUUGGCUAAGAAAGGUCUCCGACCACCACCUAGCAAGUUAACGGGCUUGACAUGCGCCGAGAAUGGCGAGAUACUCCUGGAGAAGCUGAAGAGCCUCGCGUGCCAGGCGCCGGAUACGAGCGACUCGGAUAGUGACAAGAGUGACGGACCAUCUAAUAGUGGGGAGGGGACUAGCCGGGGUUUGGACGGAUAUACAGAGCAUGUGAUGGUGGAGGCCAGCAUCACGACCCGCGACGCGUCGGAGAUAUGCCGGCUGAUGUGGUUCGUGGAGCCGAUGGCGUGGAUGGAUAACGUGGCCCACGAGCCGCAAGGCAAGCUGCACUGCCCUAAGUGCCGCAACAAGAUCGGCAGCUUCAGCUGGAUUAUGGGUUGCCAAUGCCCGUGCGGACAAAAAGUAGCUCCGGCGUUCUAUCUGGUGCCCUCUAAAGUAGAAUGGUCCAACAUAGUCCAAAACGUGCAGGUCACCGUGUAAAGACUGUAUAAGGCAUCACAAACCAUACACCAUGCAACCAGUAUACAUAAAUGUCGAGAAAGAUCAGGGAGAGUGCAUAAUACUUGUCAGGUUAACAACCAAAGAAUGUUUCGUAGUAUUAAAAAUAUGAAUUUGUUAUUUUAUUUUACAAGGAUAUUUUGGUGAUAUUUAUUCGCCCGCAAAUAAAUGUUAUUUAUUAUUUAUAUCUUGGGUGCAUUUUUAAGCCUGUAUUAGGAAAUACGUUUUCGUUUUGAUUCUCAGAAGAUAAGACCGAAAAAAAUAUAGUUCGCUUCGCUCAAAAAUUGUUUACAGUAAAAUAUAGAUCGAAAAACUUAGCUCAGCACAGCAAAGCGCAGCUCAGCGAAACGUUUGCGGCGGUUUUUUUUCAUAGCUAUGAGCCAUAAAAAUCACGCCUGGCGUGCCCGCCCAUACACGUCGCGCACGUCAAAAACAUAAUAUCAGUGAUUCAUCGCAGUCCACGUGUGUUAUUAUGUUCGAGCUAAUUAUAAAGGUCUAUGUUUAUUAUUAGGUUAUAUUCAAUAUUGUUCACGUAACGCCAUUGUAAGGCCGUAGAAAACUUGUUAUUCCGUAAAUAUAAUCAUGUAUUGUGUCGUAAAUCGCAUAGCUGUGGCUUUAAUUGUCAAAUAUAAUAGUAGAUAGAUGUACCUAACCGUGUAUCCGUUAAAAUAUGCAGUAGAAAUUGUCUUGUUCAAAUGUUUACUAUCUUUGUGUCUUCCUUGACAUUGAUCUCAUAUUAUACCCAUUUCACUAUAUAUUAGAAGAUAUUUAUACACGUAUUUUAUGACGUGUAAAUCCGUUAUUACAGGUAAAAUCUUUGAUGACGUGUAUACACGUCAGUGAUCGCACACAGUUUUGAAAUGUUUUAAGUAUAUGGGUCGUUAUAUAGAUCCCUGGGUAGCGCUUAUAUAAUAGGCGGAGUAAAUAAUUUUGCCCUUAUUGAUGUACUUCUAGUAAUCAAUUGUUAGUAACAGACGCUGUGUAUAUUGUUGACAGGUUUGUACCUAUUAAAUGUUGUAAGGAA